GAUUGAGCAAAAGUGUAGGGAUAACAGCGCGAUGGUCAUAGCUGUAUCUGUAUUCUGAUUUGAUUUUAGAAGAAUGGAUAUAACAGAAAUAUGAAACGAAACGCCUGUUAUUUUAAUCUUAACCCUAUUAAUCGUAAUUGUUUGACCAGGAGAAAUUUGAAAGCGUGUACAACAAAAUAAAAAAAACUAAACAAAAACAUGUUAGCGUUAAGCUAGCUAGUGCUAACCUCAGACUAGCAUGUGUGGAAUAAGAGACACGGGGACACAGUGAUGACAAAACUGAUGUAAACCGACGGACUAUGGGCUCAUUUGAGUCUCAAAACAACUUAACUUCACGUAAGAAGAGGAUAUUUAUAUUUGAUCGACUGUUGGGAAACUUCGAACCUGGCCCGUAAACACCAAGUCAGCAGAGAGGUGAUGGGUGUUGGGUGGAGUCAGGAAAUGACACUAGCAGUAUUGGAUCUCAGGUCAAACUCAGGUCACCUGCACAGUCUCUGGAGCAUGUGCACUACACUCUAGAGGCAAUGUCACUUGAUGGAUGGUUAUGAGAUUUAGCAGCCAGACGGGAGAACCAUGGAACAGGUUGAGCAACCUACCUCAGAAAUGAAAUGUGAUGGCCCAGUAGAUGGAGUCACGAAGGGCCAGUCGUCUCCACGGACAGAUUUGAAGUCUGUCCCGAUUCUUGAAGAAACGAUAUGGAAGGCAGUCCAGGAGGGUCAGUCUGCAUCCUCGGACUGUGGAGAGAUGUCAGACCUACAGGAGCCGGGCUCAGCUUCGGGUGAGGAGGUUGAAGGCAGCGAGACGUCAGAUGCCACAGGAUUAGCGGUCUCGCCCAGCAGCAAGGGAUCAUGGGGCGCGAAUCUACAGAAUGGAAACGGAACGCCGCAGGAGAGUCCUCAACAGAAUAGUGACACUUCUGUAACAGAUCCAUUACAGGCACCCUCUCUCUCGUUGUCAGACCAGUUACGGCUGGGUCGAGAUGACCCCAGUAGUUUGGGGCUGAACGUUGAGUGCCGCAUAUGUGGAGAUAAAGCCUCAGGAUUUCAUUAUGGAGUUCAUGCUUGUGAAGGCUGCAAGGGGUUUUUCAGACGCACCAUUCGUAUGAAGCUGGAGUAUGAGCGCUGUGAGCGUGCCUGUAAAGUCCUGAAAAAGAGCCGGAACAAAUGCCAGUACUGUCGCUUCCAGAAAUGCCUGGCAUUGGGCAUGUCCCACGAUGCAAUCAGGUACGGACGUAUGCCAGAGGCAGAGAAGAAGAAGCUAGUGGCAGGGCUCCUCGCCGGGGAGAACCUGAAAAGCUCUAGUGGGGCUGACCUCAAAACACUGGCUAAGCACGUCAACACAGCCUACCUGAAAAACCUCAACAUGACCAAGAAGAAAGCACGAAGCAUCCUCACGGGCAAGACGAGCUGCACAGCGCCUUUUGUGAUCCAUGAUAUGGACUCACUGUGGCAGGCAGAAAACGGGCUGGUCUGGAAUCAGCUUAACGGAGCACCACCCAACAAAGAGAUUGGGGUCCAUGUCUUCUACCGCUGCCAGUGCACCACAGUGGAAACUGUGCGAGAGCUAACAGAGUUUGCCAAAAACAUCCCUGGCUUUGUGGAUCUCUUCCUAAAUGAUCAGGUAACACUGUUAAAAUAUGGAGUCCAUGAGUCCAUAUUUGCGAUGCUCCCAUCUCUCAUGAACAAAGACGGGCUGCUGGUGGCCAAUGGGAAGGGCUUCGUGACGAGAGAGUUCCUGCGUAGUCUACGCAAACCUUUCAGUGAGAUCAUGGAGCCCAAGUUUGAGUUUGCGGUGAAAUUCAAUGCCCUGGAGCUGGAUGACAGUGACCUGGCUCUGUUUGUGGCAGCCAUCAUACUGUGCGGAGAUCGUCCUGGGCUGAUGAACGUGAAGCAGGUAGAACAGAUUCAGGAUCGUGUCCUGCAAGCUCUGGACCAACAUCUUCAGGUGCACCACCCUGACUCUUCUCAUCUCUUCCCCAAACUGCUCCAGAAGAUGGCCGACCUCAGACAGCUGGUCACAGAGAACGCCCAGCUGGUUCAGAUGAUCAAAAAGACUGAAUCUGAGACGUCCCUUCACCCGCUUUUACAGGAGAUCUAUAAAGACAUGUACUGAGCUCACAGACUCAAGGACCUGACUACAGAUUGCUCUUCAACUUCCCUCCUGAACGGAGAGAGUGCACACACCUUUAUGGCGCUGAGGUGCCAUUGGGUUUUUUUAAAUGAAUUUUUUGUAAAGGACUUUUACAAAUAUUGACUUUGAAUACUGACAUUUUCUCUGAUUUUGUGGAGUGUUUUUUAUUUAAACUCAAAUCUGUUCUUAUAGGCCUAUACAGGACGCAGAACAUCUAGUCAUUGUUUACUACUACUACUGGCUUCAUGUCAUUCUUCAUGUGCUUAAUGAGGCUAACACCUUUAGAAGUUGUCUUUUCCAUUAUGGGUUUGGUUUGCAAGUACAUUUAAGUAAUAUUAUCUAGUAUGUUUCUUUAAGGGAGAUCAGAGCGCAAUCAAGCCCUUGAAAUGCCACUUACUGUAUGCGUUUAACUUUGUAUGGCUUUUAUUUUUGUGAUUGUCCUUGCCCACCUGAUUCUGUUUGAUUUGGCGCUUUUACUAAAGUAAAAGGUACUCCACACAACUGUACAGCAGUCAGGUAUAUUAUUUUGGAAUUAUGUUACUUUGUUGAGGAUGUUGUUUUCAGCGUCAGCUGCUACAAAUAUAUAUUGGUAUUGAAACUGAAGACAAAUCUAUGUUUAAUAAUUUACUUUAAUUCUUUGGUAUAAACCUACAACAGUGUGAUCAUUUCGGUUGUAUGGAAGGAAAUGUUUUUUCACUUUGUUCAUCAUAUACAUGUGUAUAUAUAUAAAAUUAUUAAGUGCUGAUCCCUUUAAGCACUGGUACCUUGAUGGUACUUAUAUUUUUGCAUACUGUCCAGUAACGGUCGUAUUUCAUUAGGUCUUAUUUACCGAAUUGAGACACGACUUCAAUUAUCUUUAAUUUCUCCUUGAUACACAGUUGUAUUAAAUUAGGUCUUCCAUAUUGAUUGAAAAUGUUUUAUGAUUAUAUAUUGUGUGAUUGAAAACAAACAAGCAGGCUGUGGUUACAUUAAGGUCUAGAACAUUAUGGUCAAAUUGGUUUAUACUACUCAUAAACUUAAAUUUAUUCUCUAAAUCAGCAUUAAUUAGUUAAUGAUCAUGUCAUGAUAGUUAUAUGUACAUUGCAAAUGAAUGGUUUUAUUGAGUCAGUUUGAGGAAAACUUGUGUUGUAUACUUUAUUGAAGUAAGUUGGACGCUUGUGAGUUUAGAACAGGUCCUUUCACAAACAAUGCUGAAUAAUUUGGAAGUUCAGUGUACACGUUAAAAAAGCAGUUUUAAUGUUAAAUUAACAUUAAUUGGCAGUAAUAUGAUGUGCAACACAUCUGCCGUUUCACAUCCGUAUCUCAGAAAUAUCUGAAAUUGUAUCUUAUGGCUGAAAUUUGCUUUUCUGAUCUGUUUAUUCGAGAUGGAACUUGAUGUCAGAGAUAUAUGGUCGUGUAGAAACAUGUUACUGUGAAACUAGAGCACAAAAAUAUGAAACAUUUUUUUCCCCCCUUCUUAUUCUUAAAAUACAUUUUGUCACCCAGUUUCACAUCAGACAUCGGCCAAUAUCUUUCUAUCUUUCUGGUCUG